CAUUUAUCAUGUCGAAUAGACGAUCCACGAUGUAAUCCUCUGUUCGGCUAAAAUUGAUCAAAAUUGUUAUUUUAAAUUCUACACUCCCGCUAACGUAUUUUUUGGGAAAAAUAACAAAAAUUCUAUAUAACGCGGAAGACUUGGAAUAUUUUCGUCACGUACGAGAAAAAAAAAACGCCAUACAGCUGUUUCAAUACACAAUGUUUUCUGCCAACGAGACGACGGGCUCUAUAUGUUUCCUAACUCGCCGCUAUUGCUCAUCAGUUUAGUGUAGCGUUUCGAAAGAUGGUGUCGUUCAAGAUGGGAUCAGCACUAUUGCUGCUAUCGCUUUGUGUCGCGGGAGUGUUGAGUAACGAUGCGCAGGACGCAUAUACCUCCCGCCAAAGACGUGUCGAGAUGGAGCCGGAUAAUGAUAACAAAGAGAAGAAAUUUAGCGGACGCAUCGUCGGUGGUACGGAGUUGACGGAACCGUUACCAUACCUGCUGUCGUUGCGUGAAGGUGGUUUCCACAUCUGCGGAGCAUCGAUCAUUUCUGCCACACAUGCACUGUCUGCCGCCCACUGUCAAAGCCCACCAUCCGAUAUUGACAGUCUGACGCUUCUCGCUGGAGCUACUAAGCGGACUGGCGACGCUAAUGGAAUUGUGUUCCAGGUGACUAAAGUUGUCACCCACCCAGAAUUCGCGCCGAAAACUUAUCUCUUCGAUGUGGCUAUUCUAACCAUCGCCACAUCCUUCCUGGAUCAUCCCGGUCUUGAAAUUAUUCCUCUUGCUUCCGAACUGUACAAUCUGCGUGUGAACAGCACCUCUACGGUAAGCGGUUGGGGUCUCACGGCUCAGGAAUCCAAUUUGGCACCAACACUGCGUACCGUCAACAUUCCAAUUACCAGCUUUUCCAAGUGUGUAGCCAAGUGGCGUCCGGUCCGGAUAGUUAGGACUGCUAUCUGUGCCGGUCAUCCGGGUCGCGAUUCGUGCAACGGAGACAGCGGUGGUCCGCUCGUACAGGAUGGAGUACAAAUUGGAUUGGUUUCCUGGGGUGCUGAUCGGUGCGGCAGCGAUUAUCCUGGAAUCUACACUUACAUAGGCAACAAGGAAAUCCGCCAGUUCAUUACAGAGAAUAGCGGAGUGUAACUUACACUAACGCACGUUGAUUGUAAAGAUUGCAAUAAAAAGUAGCGCCGUAACAUGGAUGUCCUUAGUCUUAAACUUUCAGUUCCAAAUUU